AUCGUUUGCUUUGCUUCUUUUCUAAUCGAGAGAACUUCAAUCCAUUCGCACAAAAUACCCUCAACUUCAACACACUAGAUGGCCAAUAACAGCAUUAAGCUAGAGAUGGAUGCCAAGGCUGAUGACUUUGAGUUAGUCUUCUCCAUCAAGGACAUGGAGAAGGCUGCCGCAGCGGCCGUUGCAGAGACCAAGCGCGAGGCCAAGAACAAGCUUGCUAAAAACAAGAGCAACCAUAUUGACGAGGUCUCCCGCCUUAACAACACCAUCACCAUGCUUGAGGGGGUUGAGGAGGAGCUCGCAAAGACCAAGCUUAAGAUCUCCAGGGAAGAUUAUGGUCUUGUCAGAUUCCUCUAGAAAACUUUUUCCUUCAAUGGUUUCUACAUGUGUCUACGACAGUUGGCGUUUAGAUUUUCAGCACCGCGGCAUUGGGGUGGUCCAAGAACCAAUCAACCGUUAAGAUGAGCCAUUACGACAGACAAGAG